UGUCUUUUCGUUGUGGCAUUUUUUUCGAGCCCAGCGAGCCUAUAGAACCAAGUCGUGUUCACUGGAGGUUUUCAUGCGUCAAGAUGAAGCGAUGAAAGGAUCAGUCUGGCAAACUUUCCGUUGCAAAUGCUAAUGCAAAGUUUUAUAAUAAACAAAUAUCACAGUAUUAUCGCAGUUUAUUCUGCUUGUUCCGGGUUGGUGUAUUUGUCUGGCAUAGCCCAUACUCAGUAAAAGCCUGACAGUUGUGCAUUCAGUCCAGCGGUCGUUACACCAACUCUUCAACAUUGCUCUAGCUGCCUGCUUCUGGACGGGUACGGAAUGCAGAGAGCAGUUUGUGGGAGGACCAGACCUGUUUGACUGGCAAGAUGGGUGUGCUGUCUGGGGAGAUGAGGGUGCGCUGGUCAAAGAAGCUGGCUCUUCUGAUUAAGGCCUGCUCCUUCCUCUGUGCCCUCUGGCUCUUCUACCUCCUUCUCUUCCGUACCUCCUCCAUGGCCCCUACCAGAGAUGGUGCUGUACGCAGCAUUGUGGCCCGCCAGUUCUUGCCCCAGGCCGAAGAGGACAACGAGAGCCUCCUGCGCCCGGUUUACGUGAAGCCGCCAGCAGAUCACAACUUACCAGGAGAGUGGGGGAAAGCUGCCAGGGUAAGCCUCACCUCAGAGGAGAAGAAACAGGAGCAGGACAGCAUUGAACGCUAUGCCAUCAACAUUUUCAUCAGCGACAAGAUAUCCCUCCAUCGGCACAUUCAGGACAACAGGAUGCAUGAAUGUAAAAGCAAGAAGUACGAUAUCCGUCAUCUUCCUACCACUUCAGUGAUCAUUGCCUUCUAUAAUGAGGCCUGGUCCACCCUGCUAAGAACCAUCCACAGCGUGCUGGAGACCACGCCUGCUGUCUUAAUGAAAGAGAUCAUACUAGUUGAUGACUUCAGUGACAGAGGCUACCUGAAGGCCCGGCUGGAGGAGUAUAUCAGCAACCUUGAACGGGUGCGUCUUAUCCGCACCAAUAGGAGAGAGGGCCUGGUCCGAGCCCGGCUCAUUGGCGCCACCUUUGCCACAGGAGAUGUGCUCACCUUCCUGGACUGCCACUGUGAGUGUGUGCCUGGCUGGAUAGAGCCCCUCCUAGAGAGGAUCUCACAGAAUGAGAGUACUAUCAUAUGCCCAGUGAUUGACACCAUUGACUGGAACACGUUCGAGUUUUACAUGCAGACUGAUGAGCCCAUGGUUGGUGGCUUUGAUUGGCGGCUCACUUUCCAGUGGCACUUGGUGCCUGAAGUGGAUCGCAAGAGACGGAAAUCCCGCACUGACCCCAUUAGAUCUCCCACCAUGGCAGGGGGCCUGUUUUCUGUGAGCAAGGCCUACUUUGAGUAUCUUGGCACUUAUGACAUGGGCAUGGAGGUCUGGGGAGGAGAGAAUCUGGAGCUUUCUUUCAGGGUUUGGCAGUGUGGUGGCUCCCUGGAGAUUCACCCAUGUUCUCACGUGGGUCACGUCUUCCCUAAGAAGGCCCCAUACGCCAGGCCAAACUUCCUGCAGAAUACAGUCCGAGCUGCAGAGGUCUGGAUGGACUCCUACAAGCAUCACUUCUACAACCGCAACCCUCCUGCUCGGAAGGAAACAUACGGAGACAUCUCAGAGAGGUUUCUCUUACGGGACAGGCUCAAGUGCAGGAGCUUUGACUGGUACCUGAAGAACAUCUACCCUGACCUCCACGUGCCUGAGGACAGACCUGGUUGGCAUGGAGCUGUGCAUAGUCAUGGGAUCCCCUCUGAGUGUCUGGACUACAACGCCCCAGAUCACAAUCCCACAGGUGCUCACCUGUCCCUGUUCGGCUGCCAUGGACAGGGUGGUAAUCAGUAUUUUGAGUACACGUCCAACAAGGAGAUCCGUUUUAACUCCGUGACUGAGCUAUGUGCUGAGGUUCCAGAGGGCCAAAACUACAUAGGGAUGAAGCAUUGUCCUCGAGAUGAAGAGCCAGUUCCCUCCAGCAUUGUCUGGGAGUUCAGAGAUGAUGGAAGUAUAUAUCACCCUCACACAGACACAUGUAUAACAUCCUACCGCACAUCACAAGGGAACACUGAUGUGAAGAUGAUGAGAUGUUCUACAGAAGACAAACAUCAGCGAUGGAAUUUUGAAUGACUUCAAUUCCAUGUGACUCUAAUCCAAGUGCAAUUAAAAUGAAGAUGGCUCUUUAGUCAAAGGGCAGAGAAAAAAAGACUUAGUGAAGGCCUCUAAAACACUGAAGUUGUCCUAAAUUCGUUAACAGGUUUGGUUCAUUCAUUCUUAAAGUUUCACUUUAUUUUUGUACCUUUUCUCUCUUUUUUUCUCUUUACACUUUCCAGACUACCUUAAAGGAGAGUUAUUGAGAAGGACCAAAACUAGGUGCAGAAACUGAAAACAAUGGUUGAUUCGACAGCUAUUACUCAAUGGCAGAAAUUGUAUAAAACUGUACACUGUUUCCACUGAAAUUGUGGAUUGGAAAAAAAUACAUGAUGGCCAAACCAGGCUGUAAACUGUGCCCUUACAAACAAAAGAUGUUCGAUUUGGAGUUCCAUUUCCUGUGAUUUAUGUCUCUCUGCUUUGUAUGUGAUGUACAUUAUUGAUAAUAGUGAAAGACUUCUCCAGAAUCUUUUUUUUUUUUGUUUGUUUGUUUUUUGCAGCAACAUGGGAAGAUAUGGUGUAUUGGAACAGGAUUUGUGUUUAUAUGAUUGCACUGCAGUUUUUAUUAAUUAAUACUUCAGCAGCUUUGUGGGUUGCCACUAGUUGGUGAAACUAUUGGGUUAUCCUGUUUAUAAAGGAUUGUAUUAAAAGUGAUUCUUUCAGGGAGUGGUAAAAACCUUUUUGGAUUGAUAUACUUUUUUACCCUUAUUACAAAUGGUUCUUUUAAAAAAAAGAAAAGAAAAAAAAGUGUUGACAUUUGUGGCUGUAGAUGUUUGAUCAAAGACCUGGAAGAUUGUUUUUAUUUUUAAGAUGGGUAUAUUUUGGCUAAGCACCACAAAAAUGUUCUGUACCAUUACGUUGUGUCUCCUUUAUGUGAUUUAUGUUAAAAAAAAAACUACUAAAGUUGACUAGAUAAUGUUUCCUACCAGUUAUGUUUCAUUUUAAGGCUGCCCAUAGAAACUACAUGUUGAUGUCCUUCAAAUAGUAUCAAACUGUGAGAACUGCUGUGCCUUUAAUAACCACUUCUUCAGCAGAUUCUUUCCUACCACCCCAGAGGUGAGCCCUUUUUCACUUGCUCACUCUGGUGAAAACUCCAUAUAGAAGUUAAAGAGAAGGACCUUUUGUCCUUGUGAAUAUAUCAGGUUUACUACAGCUUCUGGUUUACUGCAUCAUUUUACUGGCCUUAGAGUAGAGCUGAUCUGAUCCAGGUCAAAUCUAAAACCUCUUAUUAAUGAAGUUUAAAAUGCAGUGGCCAAAGAAAAUGUCACUUAAUAGUGUUAAGAGAAGACCUGAAAAUGGGCUUAAAUACAUGCAUUUGAAUUUCUGUGUAGUUCAAAUGGAAUAUGUGUGUUGUGUGAAAGCCUUUGUUACUUGAUUUGGCUACUUUCUGCAUUAAAUAUUUUUUUUUUUCCCCUCUAGUCAUGUAUAACAUUCCUCAAGUGUUAGCCAAAGGAGAACAUUUUAACAGUUUGGAAUACCAUUUUGGCUUCUCUGUCUUUCACAUGUUGAAAUAACAUACUGUAGAUCAGUGUGCUAUAAAUAAAGUAGUUUCAGAAAACCUCAUCAGAUUUUCCAACGACAAAUAGGAGGUGGAGCCCAGGACCAGUUUCUCCCCUGGUCUGCAUCAGCAUUCCAUGGUCAUCACAAAACCAACUGUGGUGUCAAUAAAUGUUCUUUGGAAUUCAUAAAUAUUUGGCAUUUUUAUGUUUAAUAAACUCCAAUGCUUUCUAAAGAUGAA